AUGGUUGGAAAAAUAUGCACAGUUUGUCGAAGAUGUUCUUACAACAAUAGACACUUGUCAUUUUUUACUUAUCCCAGUGAUCCAAUAAGGAGAUAUGAAUGGCUUGAAGCAGUCGAUCGAUUAGACUUACUACAAAAAUUAAACAAUCAUAAAACUAGAGGUAAUCACAGAAUAUGUGAAAUACACUUUGAGGGUAUAUAUGUGAAGAGAUCCAAGUUGAAUGAAGGGAGAAAGUGUUUGUCUAAAGACGCCUUCCCGACCCGGUGUCUCGCUGCAACGGCAAUGUAUAAAAAAAAUGCUAUUUGGGGAAACUCCACUAACCAAAAUACUCCAAUUGGGAAACAGAUCCCAACACCAUCAAGAUACAAUCUGCGGCCUGUCAAGAAAGAGAAAAAGUACAUUGAUGAUGAUGAUCAAGACUCAAAUAUAGAAGAAAUUGUCCCCUAUAACUAUAAAAGCAACCGUCACACUGAAGUGAAAACACCACCAAGCCCACCGUAUUAUGUAGACCCAUCACUGUUCUGCGAGAGUGUUAUUAAAGUUUCUCAGAGCACACAAACUCCUCACAAAUCUAUUUUAAACAUUAACUACCAAAGAAAACUCGAAUACCCAUCGGAAAUAAAGAGACUGAGAGCUGAAAGGGCCACAAGUGGAGAUGAAACAUUUAUUGAGACAAAUUCACAAUUCCUAUCCCCUAAUUUAGCUAAGCUUAUCAAAUGGCGCCUAAGCAGUGCCGAUAGCAAUGAACAGAUCAAACUUGAUUUGUUUGCGCUUAACUUAUAUUAUUCCACUAAUUUAUAUAAUUUAUUAAAGGAUAUGUUAAGUCUUCCAUCCAGGGAAAGUCUAAAGAAAUUCCUUCUUCCGAAAACUACAAGGUUAAAAAACACAUUAGAUUCUGAGGAAUUUUCACAGCAGCUACUGGACGAUGAGAUUCAGGGAGUGGAGAAUGUAUGUAAUCAGCCUUUGUUAGUUCAUACAACAGAUUACCGAGAGCUUUUGCCAGAGAAAAAUGCAUUUGUAUAUUUUUGUAAGUACUGUUAUAUGAAGUGCAUAGAAGAGCACAAGUGUGACUCAUUUCAGUUUUAUUUGGAUGAAUCCCAGCAACAGAAAGAAUGUGUCACACACCUUUGCAGUGUUAGUUUAGAUCUUAACGUUCACAACUGUAAGAUGACACCGCCGGAUGAUUUUACGGAGUUUUUGAUGAUUUUAGAAAAUAAGUUCAAAGAGUAUUUUACACCGGACGUUCAAAUAAAUAGUGUGGGUCAAGAAAUAUUGAAAAAUUUAGAAGAGUAUGGUUUCGGUAUGCCCUGUCCAUGUUUUCCGAUCGAUUACUUGAAAGCACUGUUUGUUAGAGUUAGAUUGUUUUACACUAUUAGAAGAAAUAAUAAAUUUUUAAAGAAUAGGAAAAGUGUGCGAUCAUUAAAGGUGUUUAGUUUAUAA